AUGGAUGUUCCUCGCCCGGUGUCCCGGCGGGCAGCGGCGGCGGCGGCCACCAUGCUCCUGCGCACCGCCCGCGUGCCGCGCGAGUGCUGGUUCCUGCCCACCGCGCUGCUGUGUGCCUACGGCUUCUUCGCCAGCCUGCGGCCGUCGGAGCCCUUCCUGACGCCCUACCUGCUGGGGCCGAGCAAGAACCUGACCGAGCGGCAGGUCUUCAAUGAAAUUUAUCCAGUAUGGACUUACUCUUACCUGGUGCUGCUGUUUCCUGUGUUCCUCGCCACGGACUACCUCCGUUAUAAACCUGUUGUCCUGCUGCAGGGAUUCAGCCUUAUUGUUACAUGGUUCAUGCUGCUCUAUGCCCAGGGACUGCUGGCCAUUAAGUUCUUGGAAUUCUUCUAUGGCAUCGCCACGGCCACUGAAAUUGCCUAUUACUCUUACAUCUACAGUGUAGUAGACCUGGGCAUGUACCAGAAGGUCACAAGUUACUGUCGAAGCGCCACGUUAGUGGGCUUCACAGUGGGUUCUGUCCUAGGACAAAUCCUUGUCUCGGUGGCAGGCUGGUCCCUGUUCAGCUUGAAUGUCGUCUCUCUCACCUGUGUUUCUGUGGCUUUUGCUGUGGCCUGGUUUCUGCCUAUGCCACAGAAGAGCCUCUUCUUUCAUCACGUUCCUUCAUCCUGCCAGGGAAUGAAUGGCAUCAAGGUACAAAAUGGCAGCAUUGUUACUGACACAUCUGCUUCUAACCACCUUCCGGGGUGGGAGGACAUUGAGUCAAAAAUUCCUUUAAAUCUGGAGGAGCCUGCCACGGAGGAACCAGAUCCCAAGCCGGACCGCCUCCUUGUGUUGAAGGUACUGUGGAAUGACUUCCUGAUGUGCUACUCCUCCCGUCCCCUGCUCUGCUGGUCUGUGUGGUGGGCCCUCUCCACCUGUGGCUAUUUCCAAGUCAUCAACUACGCCCAGGGCCUGUGGGAGACCGUGAUGCCUUCUCGCCAUGCUGCUAUCUACAAUGGUGGGGUGGAGGCCAUUUCAACCUUAUUGGGUGCUAUCGCUGUGUUUGCAAUUGGUUACAUAAAAAUAUCCUGGUCAACGUGGGGAGAGAUUACAUUAUCCCUGUGCUCCCUCCUGAUUGCUGCUGCAGUGUAUGUCAUGGACACGGUGGUUAACAUCUGGGCGUGCUACACAUCCUAUGUCAUCUUCAGAAUCAUCUACAUGUUACUCAUCACAAUAGCAACGUUUCAGAUUGCUGCAAACCUCAGCAUGGAACGCUAUGCCCUGGUGUUUGGUGUCAACACCUUCAUUGCCCUGGCACUGCAGACCCUGCUCACUCUGAUUGUGGUGGAUGCCAGUGGCCUUGGCUUAGAUAUCACCACUCAAUUCCUGAUCUACGCCAGCUAUUUUGCACUCAUCGCUGUGGUUUUCCUGAUUGGUGGUGCAGUCAGUGUUGCGAAGAAAUGUAGAAAGCAGGAAGAUCCAGAGUCAAGUUCUCAAGUAACCACUUCAUAAGGCAUUGCUGAAGAGCUGCUUCUUACAGCAAAAUCUCAGCACAGCAACUGCCUGGAUGUAUUUAAUAUUUUUAAGGUUUAGACAAAUAUUUAUGAAUGUGCAUUUCAUGGCUUCAAAGCAGCUGCUCAACUAAUCCCUUGUAUUCUUGGGGUAUCGUGAUACUGUUGAGACAAGCCAGAAGUGAAGUUUCUUUCAUGGAGUAUUUAUGAGAGCUAAUUCAAGGAUGACUUUUAUCUGAUUCAAAAGCGAACUUGAUUUUGAAAACCAAGUAAUCAAGAGCAAUCAAGCAGCACAUAGUGUUGUAUACUUGAUCAGUGACCAAGUUUGAUUUUUGUAGAUCAUGCACAUCUAAAUCCACUUAGCCAGACUCUUGUCCUGGUGGGACCAGGGCUUCACAGAGGCCACAGGAUAUUGUAAUUUAUGAUAGAAAUACGUUCUGUCAGCACCUGCAUCAGUUGACCUUCAUUCUGAUUUCUGUGUUACUCAUGUGCAUUUGAGUUUCUACAGAUGAAUGUUGUUCCUGUGACUGGCAAUAUUUGCUCUGGUCUAAUGUCCUAUAAGGAGUAUGUGUCAUUUCUAAUUUUAAGUUAUUUUUAGAAAAUUCAUUGUAUGAAUGUUCUUGGUUCCCAUCUUUACCAUUAUGUAUUGUGUAAACUUUUCUUUAGAAGUACAUUUUUGCAUAAUUCUUAUGCUUCCCAGAGAAGCUCAUUUAGUAAGAAAAGAAGGCAAGUUUUAGAGCCUGCUUAUAUCUAAAUGAAGAGACCUAAUCAGAAAACUUAGGUUGGCUUGUCUAUAAUACUUCAGUGUGGAAGACUAUUAAUUCCAUGAUAAAAAUCAUACAUGGGCUAAAGAUACAACUAGCCCAUUUUGUAUUUGGAGUCCCUUUUAUUUCCGAAAUGAAAUGAAAAUGUCUUUUUCUUUAAAAUAACCGCAUUCCCAUUUAUAGCUUUUGUAUUAUUUUGAUUUUCUUGUUCAAGAUAAAGAUGUCAGUAGGAGUUGGAUUAUUCCAAGGCCUUUUUCAUAAACUGAGCCUCUUUCUAAUUAUUUCAGUGGGGUCUCUGAUUCCUGUAUUUUUGUACCUUAAAUCUGCCCUGUUUCUAAGGGUGGAUCAUCUUGAAUAUUUGCUUAAUUAAAAGUUGCUAGCAACUCCAUUUCCACAUUAACUUGAAAAAAAUACUGUUCUAUAUGCAUUUAAUCCUGCAAUCAGUAGGGAUUGCUAAUAUUUGUGAGACAUGAAAACUAUUUCAAAGCCAACUUUGUUGCCUUACUGUACAAAGCAUGUAGGUAGGUAGGUGCUUUUAACUGGGGUGUUAACUUUUUUAGAAUGACCCAGCUCAACAAUGGUAAUAAUAGUGUCAAGAUUGCAGAAUUGACAUACUCAUUUGGUUUAAGCGGGGAUCUUAGAAGCAAAACAGGUGAGAAUAAGAAUAUGUCAUUCCCAUUCACUUUCCUUAAUAGUUAAGGGAAAGGAAAGGAAUACUAGCUGAGGAAGGGAAGGAGAAGUAUGUCAUAAAAGUACCAACUUCUAAUUUUAUAUUGUCUCCUUUUUUGUUGCUUUCUUUUUGCUCCGUAAAAAACUGUCCACAAACAAUCAGAAAAAUCAUGUUUGAACCAGUGGGCCAGUUAUUAAAAGCUGUUUAAUUUUUCCUAGAAAACUCCACUACAGAAUGACUUUUUAGAAGAAAAAUUUCAACAAGCCCUGAAGUCUUUCUGUGAAGUGACCAGUUUUGAACUUUGAAGAUAAAUAAUUGCUGUAAAUUCCUUUUGAUUUUCUUUUUCCAAGUUCAUCGUCCUUGGUAAUUUCAUUCAUGGAAAAAAAUCUUAUAAUAACUACAACAAAAAGAGAAAAAUCAUGUUUGAGGGAUUUAAUUUUUUAAAAAAUAAAAUGGCCUAUGGUACAAUCAAAUUGUUCACAUUACCAAAGGAAUAUAUCCCUUGAAUUUAAUCCACAGUUUGUGGCACCCAGCCAGAGCCUUGACCUAUUUAAGAAAAGAGUAUGUUGCCAUCUUGGUGUAUGGCCAUAGAAUGCUGAAUCCAACAUGCUAGUUGUACUAUAUGCAGUUUUGAAAAGAAGUGAAAAUAAUUUAUUGUACUUUUUAUUCAAUUCUGUAUAGAUUAUAAAAUUAUUUUAUUAAAUAUUACACAGUAUAUUUUCCCUUUUAAUCAAAAUUAUUUUAAAUGUAUCUUGUGCUUCAGCAGGAGCUUUAUAUGUUUAAAUGUUUUCAUAAUUUUUCCUCAAAGUUCAUAUGAAACCUUCCCCUCAAAUAGCUUUUAACUUUUAGUCAUCCUAUUAAUUCUUCCAUUGCUUUUGACCUUACACUGGACUCCUUCUCCUUACUUCUGUUGUUACCUUUUUUUUCCCUAGCACCAUAUUCAGCCGUUGAUAUUUCUUGGUCUUCCAUCUUGGUACCUCUCAUACCUCUUCUCUGGAAACUGAAAAGACCACCACUCCCUUUAAUGCUAACUGAAUUUUUUAAAUAAAGACGAUUAAAGCAAGGGCUGAAAGUACUAGCUUGUUUUGAAACUCCAUACCCUCUUUAUUUUACCCCCAAAUACUCUUUUUUUUUUUUUUUAAUAAUUUUUUUUUUUUUUUUGUACCGGGGAUCGAACUCCGGUCCUUGUGCUUGUGCAGCAGGCGGCGAAACCACUGAACUAAAUCCCCGGCCUCCCAAAUACUCUUAUACCCAGUGAAGUAUCUUCUUGCCAUCAGUUGAGAAUCAUUUUACAUUAUGUCCCAGAAGCCAAAUCAAUCUUUUUGUCAUUAUAUUAAUGCUUUUUAUUAUUUUUAGUAGUAGUAGUAGUUUUUUAAUAUCUCAUUCCAAAACCUACUUAAGCAAGGCAUUUCAUUGGUUAUCACCAAAGACCUAGAAAAUUUUCAUGCAAAAACAAAAUUUCAACAUAGUUUUCUAUCCCUCUAGUUACAUUUCCUGUGUCUUAUCUACCUUUCAGAUUAUAAGCCUUCUGAGCAGGGACCAUAUCUUCUAUUUGUCAUUUGUUGCAAAACACAUUCUUGUGCUCUAUGAGUAUUGAAUUAUAUAAAUGGUAUUUGAUGGACUUAGCCAACCUGCCAAUGCAAUUGCUAAAUGCCCAUCAUUUUUUUUAAAGUACAUCAUCAUGAAACAUUAAAAUUUCUAUUAAUGAGA